CGCGAGAACCAUACCGGCUAUAAAAGCAGCGCAGCGAGGCCGCGCGCGCUUUUCGUGCGUCUCCUUCCUGCUUGACUGGAUUUGCCAUUUUUGCUUCAGUGCUGCUGAUAGCAAGAUGUCUUCAGGAAAUGCUAAAAUCGGCCACCCUGCCCCCAACUUCAAAGCCACAGCUGUUAUGCCUGAUGGUCAGUUCAAAGAUAUCAGCCUAUCUGACUACAAAGGAAAAUAUGUGGUGUUCUUCUUUUACCCUCUUGACUUUACCUUUGUGUGCCCCACGGAGAUCAUUGCUUUCAGUGAUAGGGCAGAAGAAUUUAAGAAAAUCAACUGCCAAGUGAUUGGGGCUUCUGUGGAUUCUCACUUCUGUCACCUGGCAUGGAUCAACACACCCAAGAAACAAGGAGGACUGGGUCCCAUGAACAUUCCUUUGGUGUCAGACCCCAAGCGCACCAUUGCUCAGGACUAUGGAGUCUUAAAGGCUGAUGAAGGCAUCUCAUUCAGGGGCCUCUUUAUCAUUGAUGAGAAAGGUAUCCUUCGCCAGAUCACUGUGAAUGACCUUCCUGUUGGCCGCUCUGUGGAUGAGACUCUGAGACUAGUUCAGGCUUUCCAGUUCACUGACAAACAUGGGGAAGUGUGCCCAGCUGGCUGGAAACGACGUCCAGAAGAGCAAAGAAUAUUUCUCUAAGCAGAAGUGAGCACUGGGUCAUUAUAGGGUCAUGCGACAAUGUACAGCCAUGAGAACAGAACCUCUCUUUUACUAUUGUCAUACUU